AUGGCGGACGUGUACCGACAGGCUGCAGCUGUGCUGCAGCAGAUGGACUCGAAGCAAAUUGGCCUGAGAGCGGCCCUCUAUGAUGCCGCCAGGCCCCCACCUAAGGCACUAGCGAGGGUGUACGCGCUUCUCUCGAAGACGCUAGCAAUGCGACCACUGCUGCAGCAGCUGCUGGAUCAGGUAGGCCUCACGACGGCGCCCACGGGGCCUCAAGCAGCAAGCACUGCAACGACGGCAGCAAAAGCAGCAACAAUGCGAGACUAUCUGCUGCUGCUGAUGCUCCGCGAUUUGCUCCUGUCUCCUAAGGGAGUUGAAGGAGGGGGGCAGCUGCGGCGGGAGUUGCUGGCUCGCGAGGCGCAGCUGCGGUCUCUCUUCAGUGCAACAACAACUGAGGCAGCACCCGAAGCAGCAGCAGUAGCAGCGAUUCCGAGAUACCUGCGAGUGAACCGACGCCUAUGGGACGCAACAGCAGCAGCGAAAUUCCUUAGAGACAAUUUUCCCUGCAUUGCAUGGGCCCUUUUAGAUCCUCUGCUACCUUGUGUCGUUGCAGUUCCUGCAGCUACAGCACGGCUAUUACAGCAGCAACCUCAGCACCAAAACCAGCAGAAAAAGGAGCCGUGGCAACACCAGCAGGAAAAGUCGGAUGCUGCGGGAAAGGUCGGCAGGGAAGAGCUUCCGGAGCAACAGCAACAAGAGGAGGAGCAGCAACAACAACAACAGCAGCAACAACAGCAAUCACUGCUUCUGCAUGAACUGGUGCCAAGAGGCUUUGUCUCUCUUCAAGAUCGAGCCAGUUGCACUGCUGCCGCUGCGGCUGCAGUAGCAGAAGGAGACAUUGUCCUUGAAGCCUGUGCUGCACCAGGCAGCAAAACAUUACAUAUAAUCGAUAUGCUGGGCAAAAGGGGCCAUUUGAUCGCUCUUGAGAGAGACGCAAAGAGACUUGCUGCAAUGCUGCGAAGACUGCAGCAGGAAGCUGCGCUGCGGGGGCCUUACCUGUCUCCUUGCUGCACCCACCAGUACGCAGCUUGCACCAGCAGCAGCAGUAGCAACAGCAGCGACAUGGACGAGUUCCUGAGGCUUGCUGAGCUGGCAAGCAAACAGCCUCUCUAUUUCGCUCGAUCUGAUGAGCCGUGUCGUUCAACAGAAGCAGCAACAGCCACCCCACUAACCACAGCAACAGAAUCAGCAGCAGGAAUUGCACCUGCUGCAGCAAGUUAUAAUGAGUUAGCGGCAUCUUUGCCGCUGCUGCUGGUGGAGGUGCGACGGGCCGAUUUUGCUGCUGUCCGCGGUAACGUCCCUCCGUUCUGCUUGGCACAGAAAAUCCUAUUAGACCCCUCCUGCUCAGGUAGCGGCCUCCCGACGCAUGCAACAGCAAAAACAGCAGUAGCAAUAGCAUCAGCAGCAACACCAGGAGCAACAGAGGUGGCUGCUCCAGCUGCUGUUGCUGUUCCAGAAGCAACUAAAGCUGCACCCAAAUCUGCUUCAGGAGCUCCUGCAGCUGUUUAUUCUGCUGCUGAAGACCCUCCGGACCUUCUGCACUGGAGUUGGGAAGGCUGGAAGGCUUGGAGUGGGGGUUCUAGCCCGUCGUUGAGUCAUGUGGAUGUGGCAACUAUGCUUACAGCCGAUUGUCCCCCCCAAGGGGCCUCGAUCCCUUCUGUGUUACCGCCAGCACAGGACGAGGUUAGGGUUGCACGUCUUGCUGCAGUGCAGCAGAAGCUGUUAUUGCAUGCGUUAUCUGCUUUCCCCGCGGUCAGCCUCGUCUGCUAUUCAACAUGCUCGGUGUAUGUACACGAAAAUGAAGCCGUGCUGCUCAGUGUGGGGCUGCACCAGCAGCAGCGGCAAGAGGCCGUUAAGGACUGGCGAGUGUCUCGUCCCCCUCUCCACCCAGGAUGGUUUCCUCCGUCUGCCGCGGUUGCACAAAUGCAGCUGCAACUGAAAAACAUCGCCAACAGUUGCAGCAGCAGCAGAAGCGGUUGUAGCAGCAGCAGCAGGGGUUGCAGCAGGCUGAAGGAUGCGUUAGAAGCCUUCAGUUCGCUCUGCGUACGGGCCUCACCCCACACCCAUAGGUGCAGGGGGUUCUUCCUUGCUACAAUCUGCAGAUCUGUGACCCCAGCAGCAGGUGGAGACGGAGCAGCCGAAAAUAAGACAGCCCAAGUAGCAGCAAGGGAAAGAGGUGGCAGUGGCAAGAAAAAGAGACUACAAAAGGCAGAUAAACACCCACUGAACAGUGGCGCAUCAAUGCCUAGUACCAAACCCCAGCAGUGUUGUGGCAGCGUAAUUGCACUGGAGGGGGCGUUCGAGGGAGUGCCGGUCGAGCUGCGGUAG